AGAAUAAUUAUCAGGAGGACAAGUGUUUGGAGGUUUUGGAGCAGAUGCGCCAAUGCUGCUUGAAGUGGCACAAACAAUCUUUAUGUUGUUCGGGUAUUUAUUUGGAACGUCCAUAUAUUAAAAGUGAAGAAAAACAAACCGAGGAGGAAAAAACCAAAGGAAAACGUUAAGACGUUUGUGUUAAAGAGCUAGAAAUAAUGCCAAAUCCUUCCAUACCGCCUUAUAAACCACCACAAGAAUUGCAAGAAAUUCUAAAACAACAAGCCGCACAACGUAAACGUACCGCCCAAUUACCCAAACGUAAUUGGAUACAAAGAAAUCCUCGUCUCUUUCAAAUCACCUUUAUAACCACCUCAUUGCUGGUGCUAUUCUCUCGACCACUCUACGACGCCUUCAUCGAAGAAUCAUUUCCAGCUCUAGAGGAUUCUAUUAAAUUCAAAAAACGCGAGUAAUGGAAUCAGUACGUAAGGCUAAACAACGUUUACGCAACUAUCCCAUACUCUUAGGAAAAUGUGCCGAAACGGCUACGGUCUAUGCAGCCUGUGUAAGUCGUGAUUUGAAUGUACAACAUAAAACCUGUGACAAAGAGUUCCAACUGUUUAAGGAAUGUCUACAAAAGGCAGCACAUGAAAUGAAAACAAAAUUAUAAAGCAAUAGAGAGAAAAAAUUGCAAUAAACACUCUUAAGAAAUUAUAAAA